GGGGGUGGGGGGGAAAGUUUGCAUUGCAAUCCCCCUGCCUUCCUCUCCUUUCUCCCGAUCAAUGCAUAUUUGCAAAAGGAUUAAGCCACAGAUUUAAGCGCCGGGAGCCCAUUUCUGCCUUGCAAAGGAGAUCGGACUGAAAAACCCAAGGCAGCUCUGAUUUCUUUUCGCCAAGUGGGAAGGUGGUUUAUUUUUCUUGCUUUUUUGGAGUCAACACCCUUCCCCACCAGCCCUUAUCCCCACCCUCACCCCGCAACCCCUUCACGCCCCCCUCCCCCUCCCCAUCCUCCCACCAUCCUCUAAAGAGGCAAAGAGAUUUUUUUUCCCUUUUGGUCUUUUUUUUUUUUUUUUUAAACCCGGUCCCUGUUUAUCCUGAAAAGGAUUUGAAGACAGCUUGAAGGAUAAAAAGCCUCGGUGCUUCCCAGGCGCCGAGCCGAGGAGCCGAAGAGGAAGAACCGGGGCUGCCGGAGCCUUCGGAGAUGGACGAGCAGCCGAGGCUGAUGCAUUCCCACGCUGGGGUCGGGAUGGCCGGACACCCCGGCCUGUCCCAGCACUUGCAGGAUGGGGCCGGAGGGACCGAGGGGGAGGGCGGGAGGAAGCAGGACAUCGGGGACAUUUUACAGCAAAUUAUGACCAUCACAGACCAGAGUUUGGAUGAAGCGCAGGCCAGAAAGCAUGCUUUAAACUGCCACAGAAUGAAGCCCGCCUUGUUUAAUGUGUUGUGUGAAAUCAAAGAAAAAACAGUUUUGAGUAUUCGGGGAGCCCAAGAAGAGGAGCCCACAGACCCCCAGCUGAUGCGACUGGACAACAUGCUGUUAGCAGAGGGGGUGGCAGGGCCCGAGAAGGGAGGGGGCUCAGCAGCAGCGGCGGCGGCGGCAGCAGCUUCCGGGGGUGCAGGUUCAGACAACUCGGUGGAGCAUUCUGACUACAGAGCCAAACUGUCACAGAUCAGACAAAUCUACCACACGGAGCUGGAGAAGUAUGAGCAGGCGUGCAAUGAGUUCACCACCCAUGUGAUGAACCUCCUGCGAGAGCAAAGCCGGACCAGGCCCAUCUCCCCGAAGGAGAUCGAGCGGAUGGUCAGCAUCAUCCACCGCAAGUUCAGCUCCAUCCAGAUGCAGCUUAAGCAGAGCACAUGCGAGGCGGUCAUGAUCCUGCGCUCUCGGUUUCUGGAUGCGAGGCGGAAGAGACGGAAUUUCAACAAGCAAGCCACAGAAAUUCUGAAUGAAUAUUUCUAUUCCCAUCUCAGCAACCCUUACCCCAGUGAGGAAGCCAAAGAGGAGUUAGCCAAGAAAUGUGGCAUCACAGUCUCCCAGGUAUCAAACUGGUUUGGAAAUAAACGAAUCCGGUACAAGAAGAACAUAGGUAAAUUUCAAGAGGAAGCCAAUAUUUAUGCUGCCAAAACGGCUGUCACUGCCACCAAUGUGUCAGCCCAUGGAAGCCAAGCUAACUCGCCCUCCACUCCCAACUCAGCGGGUUCUUCCAGUUCUUUUAACAUGUCAAACUCUGGAGAUUUGUUCAUGAGCGUGCAGUCACUCAAUGGGGAUUCUUACCAAGGGGCCCAGGUUGGAGCCAACGUGCAAUCACAGGUGGAUACCCUUCGCCAUGUUAUCAGCCAGACAGGAGGAUACAGUGACGGACUCGCAGCCAGUCAGAUGUACAGUCCGCAGGGCAUCAGUGCUAAUGGAGGUUGGCAGGAUGCUACUACCCCUUCAUCAGUGACCUCCCCUACAGAAGGCCCUGGCAGUGUUCACUCUGACACCUCCAACUGAUCUCCCGCAAUCGCAUCCCGGCUGACCCUGUGCCGCAGUUGGGGCAGGGGCAGGAGGGGGGGUUUCUCUCCCAACGCUGAAGCGGUCAGACUGGAGGUCGAAGCAAUCAGCAAACACAAUAAGAGUCUCCUUCUCUUCUCUUCUUUGGGAUGCUAUUUCAGCCAAUCUGGACACUUCUUUAUACUCUCUUCCCUUUUUUUCUGGGUAGAAGCCACCCUCCCCUGCCUCCAGCUCUCAGACUGGUUUCUGUCAUCUUCCCUGGCCCUGUUCUCUGUUCUACACUCCCUGGGUUCCUGCCCUCUAUUAUAUCACUGAAGGAUAUUUUCAACAAUUAGAGGAAUUUAAAAAGGAAAAAAAAAACAAUUACAAAGAAAACAAUAAACGUAUUUGUAUGUUUCCGUGCUGGUGGUUUGAGGAGCCAGAUUUACCUCACUCAGAGCCCUCACCCUAUGUUGUUAGGCAAUCCUUCUGUCUCUCUUGUUACUCUCACUACCUCUUAGCAGGAAUGCACCACACUGCCCUACUCAUUCCAGGCCACUCUGUCUCUGUUUGCCCCUUCUUUCUGGGAAUCAUCUGAUUUCUUCCUCUUCUUUCUGGUCCCAGGUAUUUGUUGGGGACGGCCAUAACUGGGCUCCUAAAGGUGCCACAUUUCAGUGUUGCUCUUUCAGGUUGAGUCCCAGGCAGGAAGUCAGGCAAGAGGGGAGGGCACAAGGAAUAGCAAGGGCAGAAUUCCUACCAGCUUUCUCGUCCUCUUAGAAACAGUCUCAGAGGUCUGCGGAGGCUAUUCAACACUUGGGCGGCAAUGUUCAGAACCUCAUGCCAGUCAGAUCUGAGAGAGGUAUCCUGAUGGGCACAUCUGUAAAGAGUGAAGGUGUCUCAUCCUGAAAGGCUUCACUGUCCCUUCCUAGACAUGCGCACACACAUGACACACACCGGUGGGCACAUACACAACCUGACACUUUUGCUUGGCCGGAUGCUUCUACCCUUCCAUAAGUGACCUCCCCUAUGGAAGGCCCUGGCAGUGUUCACUCUGACACCUCCAACUGAUCUCCUAACAGUCUCACCCUGUGCAAAUGCAUACAUUAGCAACCCUAGUACUCUAACUGGUGAGCCUGAGAGAGAAGCAAUAUGUGCCUCGGGGCUUCUAGGAUCCACCAACAUGCACUUCCCACAGUGGGAUGCACAGGACAUUACGGGCAUGCAGGUUGGGUUUCAAGUGUAAACAGCUUUCGUUUCCACCACCUCUGGAGCUCUCAAGGAGCCAUAUACAGGACUUACAAUGUCUAUGAUGGAUUUGGCUGCUUUUUCUGUGUUUUUAUUAUAUUAUCUUUUCAAAACAUUAUAGUACACUGUGGUCUUGAUCCUGGCUUCUUCCUCUGGAGCAGAGAUGGUAUAGUAUGUGGUUCAGGUGAACUUUCUACUAAUUAACUUGAAGGCAUCAGAACCAUAGAGUAAGAGGUUUUGUUGUUGUUGUUGUUGCUGCUGCUGCUGUUGAAAUAAUCACAGUGAUCUAUAUACCAUGGGAUUGAAAGAAAAUAACAUUUACUAUAAAGUUGUCUUGCUUAUGACUUGAGCUUAAAUUCCCCAGUCAGCUCUGCCAGCCAUAAAAAUGGUAGCUUUGCCAGUAGAUUAGGUGGCAUAUGGUCAGAUAUCUUUGGAGCCUCAUGCUCUUCAUCUGUAAAAUGGCAAUUAUUAUGCUUGGCUCACCAUGGGGCUUGUAAGAGGCCCAUAAAACUGGUUUUGUUUACAUUUAAUCUCUAGAUUUGAUGGUCAAGAAAAGCAAUGGCCCUGUGAUGAACUGUUUCAUUUGAGGUCAGAGCCAUUCAUGAUUUUUUUGUUCUAACUUCUGCUUGUGAUCUUGAUAUCAUCACCAUAAUGACAAAGUGUUGUUUUCGAGGCUUUCUUCACUGAUUUGCUUUUGGUCUAUUAGUCUUCUUAGGAUAGAGAAGAGAUUUGAAACCAGAGGAAUAGAACUUGGUUUUAUUAGCUUCUACUUGAAUCCAGUAUGUGGCCUUGCAAGUCCUUGUCCCUAUCAUAACUAUUCUCUUUCAAGAAGUACAAGAGCUUGAGGGCUAAGACACCAGCCCAUAAAGUCACUCACAUUCCACAUGGCCCUGCAAUGAUGUAUAGGAGCAUCCUUCGUGUGUAUUGGGAGGAGUAGGGCAUGCAUCCUGGGAAAAGGGUGUUGGGGGUGAUAUUUGAAGGUAAUGCAGAAAGUAAUUAUUUGGCAAAUGAAAUUUUGUCUUGCUGAUCUAGGUCACUAGAAAGACAGUCAACUAACCUGUGACAUACUCAGAGAGGAUGCCUAGAAGGGACAUCAUCACAAGUCUAUAUAGUAAUGAGAACCAGUGAUCUUCGUCUUUGUGGCAGGACUAUACUGAAACCACUCAUACAAACAUGGUGAGAUCACACGAUUUAACAUGGAGCAAAUUAUAAGAGUAACUGAAGGGUUCUCUUGGAAGCAAGGACGACUCCAGAUCUGGACCUGAACACACGAAGGGCAUGAGUGGAACGAGGCGUUCACACAGACAGCUUCUCUCCAGGCAGUGGUAGCCCCACCCAUCGCUUCACUAGGCCCCCUUAGGUCCAACACUUAGCCCGUAGCCAGUUCCCCUUGCCCACUGUCAACUCCAACAUGGCAGCCCCCAGAUCUCUGUUGUCAAGCAAGGCUAAAGAAAGCUGGCAGCCUCAGGAUAGGAAUGGGAAGAGUGUGCCUAUAGAAAUUCUGACCGACCUCUAAAAUCUGUGCCCCGGGAUUCCUUCAUAGUCUAAGUAUAAAUGAGAGUGCUCCAUUUUCCACAGCAGCAGUUUUCUCCUGAGAAAUGGUAGCAGACCUUGGGUUUGUCACCCCACUUCUCUGCCUCUCCCUCCUCUUCCCUGGAGCAGAAUGGACUCCUGGCCGCGUUUCAGCCCCCUGCCACCGUCCUUCCACUGCUUUCCCUGUGGUAGUGCUUCUGUCUUAUUUUUUAUUAAUUUUUUUUGGUUGCCUUUUCUCACACCUCUCUUCACCUCUUUCCUUUCCUCUUUAUUUUUCUGCCCAGAAAAACCUGACUUCGAUACCAAAAAAAGAUAAAACUACAGAAACUCAAAUUUAAAAAAAAAAGCAAAAAAAAAAGACUCAACAAUUCUUUCAGCUUUAUUAACAUUUUCCAUCGUUUCUUGCAACUUGUGUCUUGUUCUUUGUAGUAUUGAUGAUGAACAUUUGAUAAUGAAUGUUCUUGUAUAUUCAGAUAAAGAAAAAAACCAAAAAAGCGGUCUGAAUUUAAUAGUGUUUAUAAUAAAAAUUUUAAAAAUGACCCUCAUAGCACGCAAAACAGGAAGGGGAAGUUUCCCUUCUUUCUGUGAUGAUACACAUCAUUCCUGCAUUAGUUUUAAACACCAAACUACCUAUGUUCCUCAUUCCCCCCAUAUUUCUUUUUAUUUUCUUGCAUUUGUGAAUUAGUUCAAGAAUGCUAGAAAAGUGUCAAGUUGUGUAUAUCCAUUUCUUCUUUCACAAUGUUUAAAAGUGACCGUAAUUCAUUUUGUAAGCUAAAAAAAAAAAGGAAAAAAAAGAAAAAAAAUAAGGUUGGAAUAGUGAACAUAAUAGGUACAACCUAACCCUUAUGUUUAUUAAUUUUGAGACCCAGAAAUAAAUUCUUUUCCUCUCUUUAUUCCUGCUCUUAAAAAUACAAAAAAAAUAGUUUUGUUUUGUGUUAUUUUGGUUUUGUUUAUUUGAGGGGGGUGCUUUUCUUCACUGUCAGGGUUGUGGGUCUUGCUGGUUUUAUUCUUUAACUAUGUAUACAAGGUGAUGUGACAGGGGUCCUUCGUAGAUGAGGCUGCUUCCUUGUUCUGCUUUGCUUCAGUCGACGUCAAAAACAGCGGUAAAGCCCAUGGCUGCAUGCCGUUGCUUUCUUGCGUGCCCAGGAAGUGUGGCACUCCUGUAAUCCCCAAGACAAUGAGGCAAGGACUUGCUUCCUUAAAAACUAAGGGAGCCUGUCCAGGGGAUUUCUUACACUAGAAGGAAAGACUUUUGCCUUCAUUGAUUCUGAAUGUCUUUCCUUCUCCUUGAUUAACGCCAACAGUCCAUGAGAAUGCUUCCAACAAGACUAGAAUUUUUCUCCUGGUGGAACUCCACAGGAGGUACUGCCAUGGUGGGUACCAUUACCAAGCAGAAUAGAUCCAGGAAGCAAGCCCCCGGGGCACAUCCACUUAGGAUCCAGAGUCCCCAGUUCUGGGUGGAGAGUUGGUGAAAUGUUGAGCCAGAGCCAAGGCUGCAGGUUGGAUGCUAAGAUGCUGGUUUCUGAUUCAUUGAUGGUGCGGUGCACUUGUCACUAACCUCCGGUUAGGUUGACUGUUUAAAUUGCAAAGCAAGAUUCAUCAGAAACUUAGUAUUAGUUAUAGGGCAAAAGAAAGCCAUUCAGUUUUGGACACCAUGCAUUCAAACAUUCAAGUUGUCAGGAAGCAGACAGAAUUCCAGCCAGAUAUGUGAAGGGGAAAAAAAAACAAAAACAAAAAACCAACUCAGAGUGGCUGAACUGUGCUUUAGGAAGCAUUUCCACCUGGGGACAGCUGUGCUCUUGUUUCCCUCAUGAGAAACGAAAGGCAUCCUUUCACAUCACCUCUGUGGUUUCCAGCCUAGCUCAAAGCUUUCUGGAAACUUUUAUUUUUUGUAAACAUUUUUUUUUGCCUUUUGUUAAAAUAAAUAAAACAUUGAAUGUUUCCCCCUCUUUCUCUAUUAUGUCUUCCCAUUGGGAGUUUCAUUUCGAAGUGUUUUCCUUUGGUUGUUGGUUUUUAUCCCCCCUCCCCCACUUUUCCCCUUAUUAUUGAGAGUAUGGACCUGCAAAAAGCUCUGCUCUGGUUUGGUUUUGAAAGCUUAAGCUUUUCUGCUUCUGCAAGAGCACAGGCUUCUUUCCCCUUUGAUUCCAGCUGAACUUUUGUGUUCUCUAAUGAUACUAACACGAUGUAGGUUUUACAGUCUCCUAAUUUGUACUGGUAAUGCAGAUUCCAAAUAAAUAGUUUCUUUUGUUGCAAAAUA